AUGCCAGUAUCAUCCAAUAAUUAUCAUGCAGCAUGCAUGUCAAUCAUUACAGGAAUGCAACAUUCCUGUAAAUAUGCAACCGAUCCAAUGAAGAUAAUUGAUUGCACACCGUGUCCAUAUGGUUUAAUAACAAAUCAGACAAAAUGUAAUACAUCAAACAUUGAUCCAAUUAUUUAUAAUCUCGUCUCACCAGCAUUCCGUAUUUGGACCAUUGUACUUGGUUGUCUUCUUGGUAUCGCUGUAAUCUUUAUCAUUGUACUUGUUAUCAUAUUCAUGAUGAUGGAAAAACGUUAUAAAGCAAAAUCGAUAGUACGCAAUCGAUAUUACGCUGGAAGCACGUGUGGCACAACGUAUAGAACGCAUCCAAGCAAGACAUUACUAUCUCGAGAAAAUGAUGAAUGGCAACGUAGUAGAAUCAAAGCUACGACAAGAGAUAGUGGCCUUUCUUCACGUAUCGCAACAUCCGAAGCAUCAGUUGAGGAUCAAUAUGUUUGCAGUAAUAUUACGUCAAUAAGAAGGCGAGAAGCACAUGUAUGA